CUUAGGUUGGAGGCCAUUGCUCAUUUGUGUUCUUCCAGCAAUCAAACUUGUCAGCAGCUCCGUCAUCGCCAUGGUAGCAUUUGCGCACUUGCUUGCUGUUGCAGCACCUGUGUUUGUCAUUGCUAGUUUGGCUAUGCCUGCAGGGAUAGGAGGUGGAAUGCUCUAUGUGCCACUGCUCAUUGUGACCCACAUCGCAGACCCACGCUUGGCUGCAGUCCUUGCACAGCCCAUCAUCGUCGGCGCCGCUCUGGCUGGAAACUCCUUCAAUAUCGCCUGGCAGUUCCGACACAAAGAGCAAAAGUUGCUGGAUGGGCAUUUGGCAUUGGCAAUGAUAGCGCCCUGCCUGGCUGGCAAUUUGGUUGGAUCCAUUAUGAACCAACUGUUGCCAUCAGCUAUCAUUAUGAUUUUGCUCUUGCUACUCGCCGGAAGUACCUUCCAAAGUUCCGCUAGAAGGGCUUUGAAGAUGUGGAAAGCAGAGAAUGCUGUGCGUUCAGAUGCUUCGAGAAAUGGACAAGCAGACGUUGUAAGAGCCCCACCUGCUGUAGUUGGGAGAGAGGUGGAGUUGCCUGCUGCAUCGGAGACAGUUCCUGAAAGCACGAGCACAUCAGAGGGCAAUGAGGAGUGCGAUGAUGACACUCCUUACACUCAUGUCUCUUUCUUCUCCGAUUCCAUGACUUCUCAGAGUGACCGAACUUUGACAAGGAGACGCCCAUCUACCCUGCCCCUGCCGGGCAAUGUCGUGUCGACCGAUGUCUCUCAAGAUCCGAAAAGUCCAUGGGAUGCUUGCAGACUUUGGGGCAAGUUCAUUUUGGUAUGGAUUUGCAUGAUCCUAGUCGUGGCGAUGCGCGGUGGCUCUGGGCAUUCCAUCAUUUCGAUCACAAGCUGCUCGUGGCAGUAUUGGUUGGUGACAGCCACUGGCUUUUUUCUCCUCAUGUUGGUCGGUGCAUUGACUCGCCAGCCUGAAGCUCCGUGGUAUAUUUGUGUGGUCAUCGGAGCCCUUAGCGCUGUGGUGGGCAUUGGUGGAGCCAUCGUGCUCAAUCCCAUGAUGGUCAAGAGGGGCAUCGAGGUGCAAGCGGCCACGGCCACAGCAUCGUUGAUGGUCUUGGUGAUGAGCACUUGCAGCACCUCGCUCUUUCUGCUGGGUGGAUUUGUUCCACCUUUGCCCGCCGUCACCUUGGGCGUGGCAGCUUUCCUGGGUUCGAUGUGCGGGAAGACGGUGGUGAGCUACCUGGUGAGCCACACAGGGCGCACGUCCCUCCUUGUCAUCUUGCUGGCCUUUUUCAUAGCAGUGUCUGGCACAACGGUGUUGGUGCAGGGGUCAAUCGAAAGCAUCAAUGAGUUCAGGGCCGGAGAGAAUCCAUUGACUGAAUUCCAUACGCCUUGCUAGCUUUGGCUGAAAUGCGGAUUGAUCUUAGACGCAGCUUCGUGAG